UACAUCCGCGUGUGGGAUCAGUUCCUCCAUCAGCUUUGCAGCAGGAGCUUUGCAGCAGGUUUGUUGGCGGCGCCUGCGUCGGUCUCUGCAGAGGGGCAAAGGAUGGCAACUGUGCGGUCUUCUGCGAUUCUUGUGGUUCUUCAGAUGCAUCCUAUCAUCAAGGGAGCUUAGAUGUGGAAUCAUGUCAGCAGACCUGUUGUAAGAAGAGCUGUCUUCAUCAAAUGUGAGAGGAGGACUGCAGGAUCUCACCAAGAACAAAGCAGCAGUGUGGAUGUGGUGGGAAGGCACCACACAGACACCGCUCAAAUGGUCUGAAACCACAUCCUGAGUCACGAAUGAUGAUGACGCCUUCUCUGUGACGAGCCUCCCAUCAUUGUUCCACUGAACAUUUUCACACAGGCCUCUGCGGCUGCUUUGCUGAACCUGUUAGCCUGUUUGUCUGAGCAAGUGGCAGAACUUCACGUCUAAACAAGUUUCAGCUGCUGGGUUUCCGCUUGUUUAACCAGCGGCUGAUAACCUUGUCGUCGCCAUGGCUCUUAAACCUGUGUUCUUAUCCUUGCUGUGUGGCCUUACUUUUUUUGUUCAUGGCGUCACGUCAUUGUGCGAUGUCACCUGCUCGACGGACUUCAAAUCCUCCCUGAACUGUUCCUGCUCGGGCUCUGUGCCAAAAUAUUCUGUCCAAAUCAACGUCAGCUGCAGCGACAGAAUUGAUGUGGUUACUGAUAUCUGCGAAAUCAAACCGCCUCAAUCAUGGUGCGUAAUGUAUCCUGCUGACCUUGAUAGUGUCUCAGCCAUCGGUACCAUGUGCACUGCCACGGCCACCGAGCGAGAUGAUCAAGUAAUAAUGAGUGUCAGUGAGUCAUCUAGCUGGGAUCUGGGUGAAGUGGUGAAACUUCUGCCUCCUUUCAAUGUUCAAGUUGCAACCACUGAGGGAUUCUACAACAUCACCUGGGACCAUGACAACAUAGACGACUCCCUUCAGUACACAUUGCGCGUAAGAGAAAGCAAAGACUUGUCGAAGGAUCCAGUUCAUUUACUUUCACUGGAAGAGAAGCACAUUCGGAUAGCCUAUGAGAAACUGCAACCAGGUGUCAACUAUACAGUGGAUGUUAAGGUCAAACUGGUUCCUGGGAUCGUUUAUGAGGGUCCUUGGAGUGAGUGGAGUUCGACUGUAAAUUGGAGGACUGCAGGAACUCCUGCAGAGCCUGAAGGAAUUAAUCAAAGUUGGUGGUACGCCCUGCUGCCCAGCGGUUUUGUCGUUCUCCUGUUGCUGCUGGGUUGUUUACAAAAACCAUAUCUGCAAAAGAAGUUCCAGCUGAUUACGUUCAUCCCAAAGCCAAAUGACUUCUUCAACCCUCUCUACCGUGACUAUGGAGGGAACUUCAAGGAGUGGGUGAAGCCUGUAUUCAACGAGUGCGAAUACCUAAGGAUCAACUCACCAGUUCCAACGAAAAACGGGAAGCCACACGACGUCCUCCAGUGGAGCGAUGAGAAAAAAAGCUACAGGGAGGACAGCGAGAUGAAACAGGAUGGUGAUUCGGUCCACAUGCUGCAGCCUCACAGCAACUCGCUGCUGUUCUUCCAGGAUGGUGGCAGUUCACAGGGCACCAGUCACUCCACUGGACACAUCUCCAUCCAUACUGUAACCCUGUAUGAAGAAGAAGAGGGGGCGGCGGGGGAAGUCGUGUCACAGGGCUCUCCAAACACCCUCAGAAGUUACCAAGUUGGAGAAAGCUUUGGUUCAUUUGAAGACAACAGGGAACAAGCUGGCUAUGAUUUAGAAGAGCCUCAGAUGUUAGAUAGACAACAUGGAGUAUUACCACAUCAUGAAAAUGAAAUAGCUAAUGACCUGUCAGUGGAAAAUAUCAACUUUCAGCCACAUGUCCAGCUUAAUGAACCAGAGAGGGUAUCACUUGACUCAUUUGUCUCAAAUGAGCAGUCAGACGACGGCUACCCUCACGUGGACUUGGACACCAUUGAUAGUGGUUUCGGAGAGUGCGGCAGUCCUGGAGCCUCAGACUCAAACAUAGCAGAGCAGAUAGACUCAUUUCAUGAGCACAAAAGCUCAAACUCUAACUAUGUCAAGCAGUGGAUGGUCUGUAGCACUAUUCAAGAAGACUCCAGGAACUCAGAGAACGAACUCAACGAAACACAGUGAUACCUGCUGCUCAUUCGCCGCCACGGUUACAGUCACUGAUGCUGCGAGGACACAUUAAAAAAAAAAGGAUGUUAUUGUUGAUUUCCAGAAAAUAGUUUAUUUUAUUUUAUUUUUUUAUUGGCAGCAUCUGCUCACCAUAUAAUCCUGUAUAUUCUGUUUAUAAUGAAAUCGUCGUGCAAUUUGUACUAUAGUGUUUUCUAUUGUGUUAUUUCCUUUUAAGUUUGAAGAGAAGAGAGAGAUUUGGUUGGAGAAAGAGAAGGAAGGACGUGUAUGGAAGCUGGAGUAUGCCAACUUUUUCAGUGCUGAAUUAUAUUCGGAUAAGUCCUUUACUUAUGAACUGACAUAACAUGGAAAUAGGAUAAAAUUCACACAAAUGUAAUCAUCUUUUACUCCACUCCAGACUCCAUAUAUGUGCAAUAUGGAUUCAAAAUGUUUUCUCACUGUCACUGUGUACACAGCUUCAUAUGCUUCAUUAUCUUGUACUGCAGCACCAGCAAGAAUGCUUUGCCUUAUCAAGAUAUCUGAUAAUGUCUGUUUUGCAUUUUGUCAGUAACCACUGUAACCACCUGCCAUGUUUUUGUGCAAUGUCAGUAAAAAAAAACAACACAAAAAAA